ACUCCAAGCAUGUUGUCCCGUCUUGCGCUCUUCGCGACUGUUGCUGCAGUCAGCCUCAUUCCCGGCGUGACGGCAGUCUCCUGUGGUGUCUGCGCGCCGAGCAUCUUCUACCAAGGGCUGACGCGCACCCUCACCUUGCAAUGGCAAACGAGCGGCAACACUGUCCAGUGCAACUACGACACGCCCGCGAUCCCCAACAAGAGCCCGGCGUGUGUCUACCGUAACGUUGAUGGCGUCUUGACCAUCACCAACACCGGCCCCACCAUCGGGUCCCUGCCAGGAGCAUGCCCGACCUCCGUUCCCUUGGUUCAGAAGACCUCGUGCUGA